AUGGCUCAACCAACAACCCUCUCAAUCCCGUCUAGCUUGUUCGAGUUCGAACGCAAGUCGCCAGGUUUGCCCAUAUCUCCAGUCGGUACCUACCCCGAGUCACAGGGUACCGAGUCGCAGGUCGACUAUGCCGCCGGCUCUGGAGCCACCUCUCCAUGCUACGACAACGGUCACUAUCAAGACAAAUCUGAUUUAAUACCCGAAAAUCCAUUCGACAGUGAGAGCAGCAGGGUUCUAUUCGAUGCCAUUGACAAGCUUCAAUCUUGUGGAAUCAGCCAAGAGCUGGCCAUUCCUCAGCUUGUCAUUGUCGGUGGUCAAUCCACAGGGAAGUCGUCAUUACUCCAGAGCUUGACCGAUAUUCCCUUUCCAGUCGGUUCAGGCUGCUGCACUCGCUUCGCGACAAGGAUCGUGUCUCGGAGAACCGCGCCUGGAAGUCGUAGCUCCGUCAAGGUGACAAUAGUAGAACCUGAUGUUACUGACAAAUUUGGCUAUCCACCGGAUGAUACGUACAAAGAAUUUCCGCCUUAUGUAACUGAUCAUCUGGGCGUCGAAGAGUUUACGCAGCUGAUGGAAAGUGUAAGCCCUGUCCAACCCUUCAUGUUCCUUACACAGCGCCAUCUCUUACAGACACUGCAGAUCACCACCAAUUACAUGGGAAUCAAGAGAGGCAAAGGACAUUCGACGAAAAACUUUGCCUCUCAAGUACUUCGGAUAGAACUGUCAGGUCCUUCCCGAUCACAUUUCAGCAUUCUUGACGUACCUGGCAUCUUCUCUUACGCUCAUGAUGUCAACGAGGCCGAAGAGCAUGGUGUGAGACAGAUGGUCGAGGAGUACAUGAGACAAACAGCGAACAUUGUCAUUUGCGUGGCCGCCGCUACGGCUGAUUUGUCUACGCAAGAGAUCUUCAAGAUGGCCGCCAAUUUUGUCGACAAAAGUCGUCUUGUUGGAGUCUUCACUAAGUGUGACAGGUUGGAGAAUCCAAACGAGGUCAUUGACAUCGCAAGUGGAUAUGGCAAAGACUCUACAAGAUCUAUUAAGGAUGGCUGGUUUGUAGUGAGAAAUCGAUCCGAUGCCGACGAUGAAGAGUUUGACUUCAAAGAAGCUGAACGCAAACUCUUCAGUCGCUCGCCUUGGGACAGGAUCCCGGAGAAUCGACGAGGCUCCGUACAGCUUCAGAAAUAUCUCGGCAAUCUUCUCUGCGCUCAAAUUCGAGGAAACUUUCCCGCGAUUCAAGAGUCAGUCCGGAAGUUGCUCUCAGACGCCAAGGACAGCAGGAAGAGCCUCGGAGAGCCUCGCCCAAGCCAUAGUCUCCGUCAGCAAUAUAUCAGGGAUGUGGUCGAGAAGUACCACACAGUGGCGACAAAGGCUCUCAAGAGCCCCGGAUCGUUGGCCAAGGACAGUCUACGGGUCAGAGGAUUAGUUCGUCGCGCAAACGAGAGCUUCACCGCUCAAAUGCUUGCACGCGGGCAUACGCACGCCUUUGAAGACCAUGGAGUUGACCCUUUGACCCAGCUCUCUGACACGAUCUCCGUCUUGUCAAAUCCACAACCGGCCACAGCUCCGACACCAACCGGGCAUGAGCAAGUUACUACGCCACCGACAACACCGCCAAAGAAGCGACAUGCACCGCCACCUCAACAACCUACCAAGUCUCAGUCCCAUCGCGGCGCGUCGUUCGUAGAUGAAAUCCGUGAGCAGCUUCACAUCUGGCAGACAACAGAACUCCCCGGGAUGGUGAACACAGAGGUCAUUCAGAUCCUCUACAAAACGCAGUCAGAGCAGUGGCAACGGAUUGCUGAACAGCACAUUGAGAACAUUGCGGACGAUGUAGAAAGGGCUUCUAAUUCGAUUCUCGAGGAUGUCUGUUCGCCUGACAAUUGUUCAAAAAUUCUGUGCGAGGAGCUAGCUCGAGCCCUCACCCACUUUCAGCAUGAAGCCAAGCAGAAAGCUUUACGAGAGCUCAAAGAGCACUGCCGGCGCGAGAGAGAAACUCACCUCCAGACGACAGACGCAAGGUUUCACGAAAGGCUGCAGGCUCUACGGACUGUUCGACUUCUCAAAGCGAUUGGCAACAGCUUUUCUUCGUUCAAAGGUCUGGACCUGAGCAGCUCCAAGGUUCUCUUCCACCAGUUACAUCACUCAAUCGAGGGCAACAUGGUUAACGAUGUGCAUGACGUUGUUAAAGUUUACUACGAACUUUCUCUCGAGGCCUUCAUCAGAUACAUCACCAACGAUAUUGUCGAAGAUUUCGUAUCUUUCUCCAAGGGGCCCCUUUUGGGAUUGUCCACGGACUGGGUCUUCACGUUGACUGAUGAAGAAGUUCACAGGCUCGCUCGCGAGGAUGACGAGACAAUGGAGAGACGUUCGCACUAUGACGGAGUCAUUGAGAAGCUGCAAACUGCGCAUGAAAUAGCCGAGAAGGCUAGAAUUCAGACUCGGAAUCUUGGGGACAUGUGA